AUAGCAACUCAACACGCGGACUGUCACGAUAGCAGGAAGCCCUAUUCAAGAGCGUGUGUGUGUUGAUUUCGUUUACUUUGUGAAAUUGAGUGGCUGCUUUAUUUCAUAAUUUUACCAUUAAAUUUGAUACCAACCAACAUGUCUUCAGUAUGUUGUGGAACUAAAAAACAAAAACUUAACAAUUCUUAUAGCAAUCAUGUUGAUCGACCAUUGAAUGGUUACAAAGAAUCUGUAGCAAUUCCUGAUAUGUGUUACUUUUGUUUCGAUGUUUUGUAUUGUCAGCUGCACAGUAUGGACCCUCCACAAACGCCAAAUUUUACAAAUGAAGCAUAUCCCCUUUUUGUGACAUGGAAGAUUGGUAAAGAGCAUCGUCUUAGAGGUUGCAUAGGGACUUUCAAUGCUAUGCACUUACAUUCAGGGCUACGGGAGUACGCCAUCACGAGUGCCUUAAAAGAUUCCCGUUUCUCUCCGAUCACUCGCGAGGAAGUACCACGGCUGACGGUGUCCGUCUCGAUCUUGCAGCAUUUCGAAGAGGCUGAACAUUAUCUGGACUGGAAGCUGGGGAAGCACGGGAUACGCAUAGAGUUUAUCAGCGAGCGCGGCUCGAAACGCACAGCAACCUACUUACCUCAAGUCGCUACUGAGCAAGGUUGGGACCAAAUCCAAACGAUCGAUUCCCUCCUCAGAAAGGGGGGUUACAAGGCGGCGAUCACCGCCGAUCUAAGACGGAGUAUCAAACUCACGAGAUACCAGUCCGAGGAGGUAUCCGCAUCCUACAACGACUACAUCAACCAACGUUGCUAGCAGAUGGCCAAUCAGCCCUGCCAAGGGUUCCCAAACAACAUUUUCGCCUAUCCACCACCAUUUAUAUAUCGGACGAACGCGAGUGAAAGUGUUAAUGUAGCUUCUAAGUAUACAUACAGUGUACCGAAUGAAACGUGGCGUGAUACAAGUACAACGGAAAGUCAGAAUUAUGCUCAAAGUGGUUCCGGAACGCGAAAGAGGUCGAUCGUGGAUAUCGUUUAGCGUCUAAUCACUGCCAAUGACAUUCCUGUCAGGGAUACAAGGUGCCAUUAAAAGACUUCGGUAUUUCGUCUCCCGUUUUAAAAAUAGAUUCCUCUAGCUUGGUAGAAUAGACACGGAAUAGCGAUAGUGUAGAUGCUUUAGUCCAGAUUACGUGAAAACGCGUCGAGUCGUGGCAUAUGCGAGGAAUUAUCGCGCUUAUUUUGUCAGAUAUUGAAUUAGAACCUAUGGCAGAAAUUAAAAAGUAAAUGUUUGUUAGUGACUGUAAUAUUGUAAAUGGGGUCACUGACUUGCGUGCAGCAUUCGUACAAUACACAAAUGAUAGUCAUUUAUGGAACGAAUCAUUUACGAAUGUCAUCCGACACUUGUGAAUUCUUGGUCGUCGUAAUGUGACCGGCAACAUAUAGGUUUCAAUUUUAUUGUGAAAACUAAAUUUGCAAAAUUAAAUCACAUACUAGUUUGUAUAUGCCACUGAAUUAAUGGUACAAUUGAUUUGGAGGGCAAAAUAGAGUGCAAAAUUCCUUUGAAGGUUUAAUCGCUAUGUACAGACGAAAUAUCGCAGUUUUGCCUAAAGUAAUAUCGCUUUAAAUAUCAUCAGUAAAUAAUAUAAAGUGUGAAUUUUAGUAGUACUAGAGUCUAGACGAAUACUUGAAUAAACUAGGUUGAGAAUGUUUUCUUUAGUGUCUCAAUUAUGAUUAUUAUUCAUCAGGAUAUACAUGAAUGUGCAAAAAUCUAUGAGUACAUGAAAAAAAUGCAAGAUUACAGGGUAUCAUCAUAAAAUAGAAAUUUAAACAAUGACUGAAUACUAAAUAAUGAUCUGCAUAUCUGUGGUAAACAUUAUAACUACACAGAUAAUAUAAAUAAUAAAGAACUGUACAAUCUUUCAUAGACAAUAAAUCUUACUCUAUGAUGUUAUAAGCUUAACAUUAAGUCUACCAAAGCCACUUAUUUUAAUUUAAAAAAAAAUACAUUUUUGAAAAAAUACAUGUAUUGUUGUAGUUUGGAUUUAAGACAAUUUCAGUAUUUUUUUUAAUUCUUUUUAAAAUAAUUACUUUAAUAUUUGCAAUUGUUUCCCUUUCUCUAUUUUAAAAAUUCUCUUACAGUAAUAUUCAACUGAUCUUCUAAGACCUAAGUAAACUUAAAUAUAUUAAGUAUUAGGUUGUAUGGUUCGCCUUAUUAUGAACUUUGGUAGAUAAUAAAAUAUCCUGAUGUGUAAUAAACUGACAAAUUAAGUUUGAAUUACUAUUACAAAAAAAAAGUUCCGUGUCAUCAUUGAGUGUUUGAUUCAUUGAUUGAAAUUUAACAUCGAUUCACUGAGACCAUAAUUUUGACUUUUUCUUUAAAAUUAUAGCGUCGUGUUCAUGAGAUACUUUAAGUAAUAACAGAUUCAUAAUAUUUUAAGUGCAUUUACUGGUAUAUUGACAUGUUAUUUCGUGUCUUAUUUUUAACAACUAAACGAGAAAGUUUUCUCGUCUUAGAAAAUCAAACGAACAUUUACAAAGCGCAUACAACACUCGUGACUACGACGUUUUCCCUGAUUUGAAAUCUUAUUUUGAUAAGAAAAAUGGCGUGCUUAUAGUUCACAAUUGGAUGAUUGGUGAUAUAGGUGAUUCAUAAAUGUAUGAUUAUAAUUAGAUAGUAUUUAAAUAAAAACGGUUUUGGCUGAUUAAGAUAUAUUGCUUGUGUUAACUUUUAAAAAUAUAGUUUAUCUCAUUAUAAAGGUUGUAAGGGAUUGUAUAAACUGAGGUUAAUUUAACGUAAAUGGAUAUGAUUUGUCCUUCGCUAUGUGUAGUUUUUUAUCAAAUGACAUUUGUAACACAUUGAACGUCUAUAAUUGCAGAAGAAAAAGAUAGAUACACAUGAUUUAAUGACAAAGCGCGGGUUUUUAUACAUAUAGAUUGAUACGUAAUACGACGUACAAAUUUAUGGAACAUUUAUUGAGUUGUUUUCUUUUUUGUUAAAUUAAACAGAUAUUAUGAUGCAAAGCAGCCACUCGUAUUGAAAUAUGUGUAUUAAAGAAUAAGCAAGCUACGAUCGGUUAUAAUAACAAAAUUUACCACUGCCCAUAUACUUUUUGUGUUAUAUUUGUUGCUUACCAUGUGAAAAUUAAGUCUAGAAAAACAAUUACGAGGUAAUAUGCAUUAAAUUCUGAAUAAUUGAAUAGCUCUUUGAAUAUAAGGUUUUUUUUUUAAAUUGCUCUCUUUUAUUGACAGUCCAUUGUAACUUUAACCUCAGUUCAUAUAAUAACGAUUUAUGAUUAAGUUGGUCAAUUAGUUAAUUUUUGUGAGCUUAUGAAGAAAUUUUGACUCUGUAAAAAGGUUUAAUCAACCGAUAAAUGGCCCGGUUUUUUGCGUACUUACGUCUAUACGUUAUACUGGGAGGUAAAGAAUAUUGGUUUAAUGAUCGGUUCUUCCACCUCCCUUGAUAAAUGACCUUUGAAGUAAGGUUUUAAUUUCUGUGCGUAUGAUAUAUAAGCGGGUUUAAGGUAAAAUUAACUCCACCGUCCAUGGUACAUUUAUAUCUUCAACGUAAUAUCUUCAGCUAUAUAAGCAUAGAAAUCUCAAGUGAUAUAAGAUCGUGAUGCCUUAGAGUUAAGGUUUGGUUCUGUUUGAAUGUUUUGUAACGCGUAUGUUAACACAGAUUACUCUUUACCUCUCAGGUUCAAGAAUUUCAGAGUGUUAUAGAAUUAAAAUAGAUUAUACACUCGGGUUCCUCAAUUGUAAUGAUAUCUCGGGUUAUAGGCUAAAGUUAUCAAAGCGAAAAUUCUAAAAAAA